AUGCCUCCCAAGACGGGCAAGAAGGCCGCUCCGGCGCCAUUCCCGGCCACCAAGGCGGGUGUGAGCAAGAAGCAGGCCAAGAAUCCCCUCAUCGAACGCCGCCCAAAGAACUUCGGUAUCGGCCAGGACAUCCAACCCAAGCGCAACCUCUCGCGCAUGGUGAGAUGGCCCGAGUACGUCCGCCUUCAGCGCCAGCGCAAGAUCCUCAACAUGCGCCUCAAAGUCCCGCCGGCGAUCGCCCAGUUCGCGCAGACCCUCGACCGCAACACCGCCGCACAAGUGUUCAAGUUCCUUAACAAGUACCGACCUGAGACCAAGGCCGACAAGAAGGAGCGUCUGCACAAGGAGGCUACCGCUGUCUCGGAGGGCAAGAAGAAGGAGGAUGUGAGCAAGAAGCCCUACACCGUCAAGUACGGCCUCAACCACGUCGUCGCUCUCAUCGAGGCCAAGAAGACCGCGCUCGUCCUCAUCCCGAACGAUGUGGACCCGAUCGAGCUCGUCAUCUUCCUCCCAGCUCUGUGCAGGAAGAUGGGUGUGCCGUACGCCAUCAUCAAGGGUAAGGCUCGUCUCGGCACUGUUGUGCACAAGAAGACCGCCGCCGCUCUGGCCAUCACCGAGGUCCGCAGCGAGGACAAGUCUGAGCUCUCGAAGAUCGUCUCUGCCGUAAAGGAGGGCUUCAUGGACAAGAGCGAGGAGGCGAGGCGUCACUGGGGCGGUGGUAUCAUGGGUGCGAAGGCGCAGGCCCGGGACCGGAAGCAGAGGGAGCGUACCGAGCGGGAAAUCAAGAUCUAA